AUGAAAUAUAGCCCCACUCCAUCAACGUUCUUUUCUCGUACCUCAUCGUUCUCGUUUUCUGUCACCGUCUCUUUCAGGUGUGUAAAAAAUAAAAUGAAUCACUGUACAAUUCAGAAGAACACUUUUGCUGCCUGUGAUGAGAUGAAGGGCAAGAAAGGGGCGGUGGUUUGCCCCAAGCCCCGCCGUGUCGGCCUAGUCCAUGCAGCUGCUGCUUUUAAUGAUUCUCCUUCUACCAGACCCCUGAGAUGGCAUUCCAUCCAUCAACUGGAGGCUUGUGAUGCGAAGGCUGGAAAUGAACUGCUGGAAAUCAUCCUUGCAAAGGGUAGUUUUGGCGCAGAUCAAUCAGUUGCCCAGGUAGCCUCGUCGCCCCCAUUUUUUUCUGGGUCACCGCCAAGAAGAGUAUCUAACCCACUAAUUCAAGAUGCUCGAUUUGGGGAUGAGAAGGUCACUCCAGUUUCCCCAAGAGCAAUCCCGAUCCCAUCUGGGCUGGGGCCAUCACCAUCCUCCACCCGUAAAGUGGGUCGUGUUCGGGCUAAUUUUGGUAACAGUCCAGCUGUGAGGAUAGAGGGUUUUGACUGCCUCGACAGGGAUAGGCGCAAUUGCAGCAUCCCUGCCCUGGCUUAG